AUGGGUGGACAAAAGUUUGAAUAUGAUGAGAGUGGAGCUACCUAUUUCUAUUUUGUAUUAUCGUUUCUGGCUCUUAUAUUAGUGCCGGCGACAUUUUAUUAUUGGCCAAGAAAAAGGAAAGAAGAUCCAGCUAAACAAGCAGAACUAUGUCAGUGUCCAAAUUGCAUACAAAAACAAAUAAUAAUAGAACAGUCAGAACCUUACAAAAAAGUGAAAAACUUCUUUAUUAUGCUGGCAAUUAUCUCAGGAUGGGUGCUUUUUGCAUUUUUGGCAAUGAAAGUGUCCCAAUUUGACUAUGAAAUGUCCAAUUUUGAUCCAUAUGAAAUAUUAGGCUUGCCUCCUGGAGCAACUCAAGCUGAAAUCAAAAAGUCAUAUCGUAAACAGUCUUUAAUUCUUCAUCCUGACAAGGAGACAGGAGAUGAAAAAGCUUUUAUGAGAUUAACAAAAGCAUAUCAAGCUCUCACAGAUGAUGAAGCUAGGAGAAAUUGGGAGAAGUAUGGAAAUCCUGAUGGACCUGGUGCUAUGAGCUUUGGCAUUGCUUUACCUAGUUGGAUUGUAGAGAAAGAGAAUAGUGUGUGGGUCCUUGGGCUCUAUGCUUUAGUGUUUAUGGUGGCAUUGCCUACUGCUGUGGGUACUUGGUGGUACCGUUCUAUUAAGUUUUCAGGGGAACAAGUAUUGUUAGAUACUACACAAAUGUACUUCUAUUUCUGUCAUAAGACACCUUCAAUGCCAUUAAAAAGGGCUUUGAUGAUUCUAGCAGCAUCUUGUGAAUUUGACAGAAGGCACAAUUCUGAGAUAAUUGAGAGGGUCACAGAUAAUGAAGAAGUACCCAUGUUAUUACGGGAGCUGCCGAACUUAGGCGAAAAGAACAAAGAGCAGCCUCUAUGUCGGCCGUACAGUAUCAAGGCGCGGGCGCUGCUGCACGCGCACCUGCAGCGCAUGCGCCUGCCCGACACGCUGGAGGCCGACCGCCGCUACGUGGUGUCGCGCUGCCCCGAUCUCAUUGUGGAGAUGGUCAACUGUGUGAACCAGCUGAUUGCCUUGGCUUAUGCUAGACGGAUACCUCGCUUACCUACGAUUGGGACAAUUGAAAAUGUCAUGAAAUUAUCACCGAUGAUUGUUCAAGGUUUAUGGGACAAAAAGUCUCCGCUACUUCAACUGCCAUAUAUAACUGAUGAUCAUUUAAAAUAUUUUAUAAAUCGUAAAAAACCUAUCAAGUCGCUUCUGCAACUCGCUCAAUUAUCUGGAGAUGAAAGGAGACAAGUUCUGCGAUUCUUGAAUGAUAAACAGUAUGAAGAUGUGAUGAAAGUGUUAGGCAACAUGCCAUACAUACAUUUCCAAGUGAAUACUGAAGUAAUUGAUGAUGAAAACUCUACGGUAGUGACAGCUGGCGCCAUUGUCACUGUGACAGUUUUCCUUCGCAGGACUAAUAUGAGGGAACUAUUUGGAGAUACAAGCAUCAAAGAAAAAAAUGUUAUGAAAGACGACGAUGAAGCCGGAGAGAAUGGCGAAAAGGUAGAAAACGAUAAAAAUGACAAGAACGAUAAGAAUGAGAAGAAAGAUCCAAACAAGCGGCCGGUGUGGAUGAAGCAGAAGAAACAUGCACCAGCCAAGAAGAGUAAGAAGCCGGCGCAGAAGCAGGCCAAGCCCGCGCCCGCGCCCGCCGCCGCCCCCGCCACCCCCGCCACCCCCGCCGCCGGGGACGCCAAGCAGAAGGAGAAGGAACCAAAGAAGAAAGAUGAAGAAGGUCAGGGCGACGAGUCGGACGACGACAACUCGGACUCGAGCUCGUACAGCGACGAGUCGGGCGACGAGUCGCGCGACAAGUCGUCGCCCGACGCCGACGACGACGACGACCAGUGGGACAAGUUCCAGAAGCGCCUGCAGAAGCGCGAGCGGCUCGAAGGCCGCUCUAAGAGCUCGCAUCCAGUGCACUGUCCGUACUUCCCAUUGGAGAAGCAAGAGUACUGGUGGUGCUACAUCUGCGACCGCAAGUCCAACACGCUGCUGACGGCGCCGGCGCACGUGACGGCGCUGGUGCACACGCACGAGCUGCAGCUGCGCUUCACGGCGCCGCGCUGGCCGGGCCUCUACUCCUUCGCGUGCUGCCUGCGCUCCGACUCGUACAUCAAAAUGGAGCAAGAGCAGGACAUGAAGCUGGACGUGAAGGGCGCGGCGGCCGUGCCCGCCGACCACCCGCAGUGGGACCUCAGCGAGUCCGACUCCGAGAAUAAUGACGAGGGCGCCAGCGAGAGCGAGUUCGCGACGGACGACGAGGUGGAGGAGGAA